AUGGAGGCGAUGUUCCAGGUGCAGCCGGUGAACGUGGGGUAUUACAACAUGAAUGACAGCAGCAAGGUGGUGCGCCUCGUGGUGGAACUGCUCUUUGUGGCCGCGGUGGCGUGGAGCAUCGUGGAGGAGGUGAAGGAGAUGCUGUGGACGUGGAAGGUGCAGCGCCGCUCCUUCUGGCACUACGCGAGUAAGGGGUGGACGUGGGUGGACUGGCUCUCCAUCGCUCUCCAGAUCACCACCAUCGCCAUCUGGAUAUCAGUGGCGGUGAUGCGAGCACAGGGGUUCACCAUCCAGCCUCACUAUAACAUCUACUACACGCUCGACGACAACCCGCGCUACUGGUCGCUGCCCAACCCACCCGUGGGCUAUCAGGCGGCCAUGUCAGCGGUGGACACGCUUGGCUUCAUCACCAACCUCUGGGGCGUCUACUUCGCCCUUCAGGGCAUCAAGUCAGUCUUGCUUCUCCUCUCCCAUGCCCCUGCGUCUCGGCAGGGUCGUUUCGGGUUGGAUUGA